GAAGAAGAAGGAGGAAGCCUUCACCCUCGCUCGCGGUUCACGCUUUGCCGAAUUUCGAGACCAACUGACAGGAACAAGUGACACGGAGCAACUGACUUGGGACAAGCAAUGACAUCACGGCUCCUCUUGGUGGCAUUAAUCCGUAGCGUCAUAGCGGACAUUCCGUUUCUUGAUGCAUGGAAUGAGACAGCCAAACAUUUGGCUUCGUUCGCCUUGAACCAUACAACGGAAUUCAUCGGACCAUGGGUUGCGCUCACCAAAUACAUCGUCUACGUCUUAACGAAGCAGCCCAUUGAUGCAGCCAUUUUUCGAGUCUACCAGCGUCAAGAUACCCGCGCAACCCCAAUCAGCCUGUUGAACCAGGUCCGUCUAAACCAGCCGUUCGUGUAUCAAGGCUUUGAGACCAUGCUGGUGGUUGCCAAUGUCUUGCUCGUGGCAUUUCUGGCCCUGUUCAUCCUUCGCAUGAUGCACACAUACGGCGCUUCCAGAGAACAGGACGUCACCAUCAACUAUCGUUUACUCCUGCAGACAUAUAUUGUCUCUGCUUGGAUCAUCAUGGGCAUUGCCAUUCCCAUGGCGGUCAUUGUGUUGUCCUGUGACUACAACUUAGAAGGCGGACUCAACGGUCUAGAGAUCUACAUGAGCAGCCUUAAAGGAAGAAUAAAUAACUUUCUCGAGAAAGACAUGCUACAGGGUGCAGAGCAGACUUAUCAGAUGUCCGCAGCCCUCCGGGUUCAUCACGACUAUUUCUCUGAAGCCGGAUUCGGGCGAGCGUCACGUGUUGCUGUUGUCCUUGAUAUUCGAAAGCAUUUGGGUGCAGACACACUCUUCGCUUCCAAUUACACAUCCGCUGUUUACGACCUACUUGACAAUGUGACAACGUACCCGGCGCCCAUCGCGGAAAUAGUGUCCAACAUAAGCGCAGAGGCGAGGGUCAUCGAUCUCAACAGCUAUGACAUCACUCGUACCGUGAUCGGAUCUCUCUCCGAUUCGACACUCUUUCAGCGUUACGGCCUUAUUAUAACGGUAACCGACCUAAUCGAAAAAAUCAAGGGCCAACUUUUUUCUUACAACCAUGAAAUUGACCUGGUGUUGGAAGGUGUCAAGUCUAUACACAGUAUUCUACUGGACGACCCAGACACACUCUUCUACUUGCCUGCUCUUCAAAAGUUUCUGUCGAAGUCUAUCACCGUCAACAUGUGCUUCGUGGUCAUGACGAUAGGGGGCAUGAUGACCGGCGCUAUGUUGGGCUACGCCAAUCACAACGACUACGAAUCUCCGUUGGAGAGAAACGCACUCUCCAACACUGCAGGGAAGAUGUUGGUUAUUGUGAGCUUUGUCAUGCUCGGCGGCAUCAUAGCCAUGAUACUCUUCAUCAGCAUCGUUUUUCUUGUCGGCUGUUUGGGAGAAAUCUUCGUUUGUCGACCACAGAGAGACAGGGUUGUUGGCGACAAUGCUGAUCUUCUCAACUUCGCUACUUCGCUAUUAAUGGAUGCGACCGUGAAUGCCUACCACGUACGAAAAUUGCUUCGAUUGAGUAAUAUUCGACAACAUUGUCAAAGUCACCUGGGCAUCUCCAGACUUGCUGACAUCCACUCGGAGGAACUGGAAAGGCCAUUGAUAGAAUCGACGAGAUGCAGAGGGACCUCGUUGAUCACUACACCCUGAAUCUCGAAGCAGCCAUCGACACUGUUCAACAAAGAGGGACCUCCUUGUUCAACAUCUGGGCCCUCUUGGAAAAGUUUGAAAGUUUUACCAAGGAUCCCGAUGACGCGCCGAAAAUCGGUGUGAUAAAGUCACCUGCCACUUGCAUAAGUGAAACGAGAAGGGUCAUCCAGAAGGUCAGCUCCAGCCGAAACCAUUCUCUCUAACUGCGUGACCUUGUUAACCGACAAUGGAACUGGACUGGCACUGCUCAAGAUUGAUGACUUGUGUCCGCGAUGUUGCCUUACGAGUUGGACGUUUCUCAGUCGGACGGAGUUCGAGCAAUCCUUUAUCUGUAUUCGUUCAGAGGAAAUGGAGCUGCAGUUCGACCAUCAUGAAAAUGAGUAAUAUUUAAAACACUCU